GGGUGGAACGCUUGAUAAUAUAACCUGUAACCCCAUUAUUAACGCAAUUUUCCACAUAACUCUCGUAGUAGAAGCAGGAAAAACGGAUCCCAUGUUCGUCAAAGGUUGGCUGGCCUUUCUCAUAUGCUUCUGGUUCGCACCGGUUCCUCCAGUUGACGGUAAUGCGAUGUGUAUCCUUGUGGACUUGCCUGGAGCUGGAGGAUGCACGGAAUACGAACACAUUAGAUACAAUGGAUCCUUGCUUGCCUGCAGCCACAUGUGCGUACCAGACUUGGACGUGUCGUGCUACCGUAAUGAGUGGACACAGGAGCCAUGCCUCGUUUUUAACAGAGCCACUCUUGGGAGGUGCUACGGAGGUGUAUGUUAUAAUAACACAGAGUAUAAUAGAUUGGCUGCGAUAAGAGGUCCCAACACUCGGAUGCCGUGCAAUCAUGGAAACGACUACUUAUAUAGUAAACGGGGACCAUUCGGCUGCCACUUUUACUGCCGCGAACGUCCCCACAGUAUUGCCGCACGUCCUGACGGCAAUACCUGUCUGGACCCGGCGACAGCAGUCAAGGGCGGAUGUUCGAGUGGCUACUGCUAUGCUGGAUACCAGCGAAAUUGAAUGGAGACGCGCAUAAGAACGACAUUUGUAUGCAAAGCACUGCCUUCCUCCAGGCCAUUAAACAUAUAAUUGCCAGAA